GCUCCAGCUCCCAGCUCUGGCCCAAGUCUUUCCACCACAAGACCCAUUCAGGAUCGAUCUCGCCAGGAGAACCAAAGUCAACAGCCAGAAAACAUGGACAACAUCCGAAACAACAAGCUGGUGACCAAUGAACCCCCAAUGGGGGGAGGAGGAGGCAUCAACCACAGCCCAGCCAAAAUGGGCAAUCACACCAACUGCGCCAAUAAUAACAGUGUUCCCACUGUUAAUUCUGCUCCAAGACGGACGCCUCUGCCCACUAACUCUGGCCCUCCCCCCACUGUGCCAGAUCCUGCCCAGACGCUUAGUAACCCCACUGAUGCCUCCAAAGUGACUAAAACUCUUGAGCAGACCACAGUGGAUAUUACACCACCUUUCCCUGCACCAGUAGAGAAUGCCGUUUCACAAGUUAAUAAAACAGUGGCAGUAUCCCCACUACCUCAGAAAGAGGAUGAGAAGAAAGAAGAAGAAGAGGAUGACGAUGAUGGUGGGAAGGGUCCAAAGCCAAUGCCACCUUACAGCUCCAUGUUUAUUUUAUCAACUACAAAUCCUUUACGUCGGCUGUGUCAUUACAUUGUAACUCUUCGGUACUUUGAAAUGUGUAUCUUGCUGGUCAUCGCCAUGAGCAGUAUAGCCCUUGCAGCAGAGGACCCUGUGUUUCCUGAGGCCACCAGAAACAAUGUUCUGCGUUAUUUUGACUAUGUGUUCACUGGAGUCUUCACCUUUGAAAUGGUUAUUAAGAUGGUGGACCUGGGUCUUAUUCUCCACCAGGGAUCCUACUUCCGAGACCUGUGGAACAUUCUUGAUUUCAUCGUAGUUAGUGGUGCUCUGGUUGCGUUUGCUUUCUCAGGUGGAAGUAAAGGAAAGGACAUCAGCACAAUCAAAUCUCUGCGAGUGCUUCGGGUCCUCAGACCUCUGAAGACCAUUAAACGGCUGCCCAAACUGAAGGCUGUGUUUGACUGUGUGGUAAACUCUCUGAAGAACGUUCUCAACAUCCUUAUAGUUUACAUGCUCUUCAUGUUCAUCUUCGCUGUGGUUGCUGUCCAGCUUUUCAAGGGCAAGUUUUUCUACUGCACAGAUGAAUCAAAGGAAUUUCAGAGAGACUGCAGGGGAGAGUACCUGGUGUAUGAGAAGAACGAAGUGAAGGCGCAAAGGCGGGAGUGGAAGAAAUGGGCAUUCCACUAUGACAAUGUGUUGUGGGCGCUGCUCACCCUUUUCACUGUGUCUACAGGAGAGGGAUGGCCAGAUGUACUCAGACACUCUGUUGAUGCCACCUAUGAAGAUCAAGGACCCAGGCCAGGAUUCCGCAUGGAGAUGUCCAUCUUUUAUGUAGUUUAUUUUGUAGUUUUUCCUUUUUUCUUUGUCAACAUUUUCGUAGCUUUGAUCAUCAUCACUUUCCAGGAACAGGGGGACAAAAUGAUGGAGGAGUACAGCCUGGAGAAAAAUGAGAGAGCCUGCAUCGAUUUUGCUAUAAGUGCCAAGCCCCUUACUCGCCAUAUGCCGCAAAACAAGCAAAGUUUUCAGUAUCGAAUGUGGCAGUUUGUUGUAUCGCCACCUUUUGAGUACACAAUUAUGGCACUGAUUGCCCUAAAUACCAUUGUGUUAAUGAUGAAGUUUCAUGGGUAUUCUAAUACAUAUGAACAUGUGCUAAAAACAUUCAACAUUGUCUUCACCUCCCUCUUCUCUUUGGAGUGUGUACUGAAAAUCAUGGCUUUUGGGGCUUUGAAUUAUUUUCGCGACGCUUGGAAUGUCUUUGAUUUUGUGACGGUUCUCGGCAGCAUUACAGAUAUUGUAGUUACAGAGUUCUGGGAUAACUUUAUCAACCUCAGCUUUUUACGUCUCUUCCGUGCGGCUCGACUCAUUAAACUUUUGCGUCAGGGGUAUACUAUUCGCAUCCUACUGUGGACCUUCGUCCAGUCCUUCAAGGCACUGCCCUACGUUUGCCUUCUGAUUGCUAUGCUUUUCUUUAUUUAUGCCAUUAUUGGCAUGCAGGUAUGUUCUAAAAUCUGUGUAUUUGGUAACAUUGCUCUCGAUGAAGAAGAUGAGGACACGGCCAUCACCGAACACAACAACUUCCGCACAUUUUUCCAAGCUCUCAUGCUACUUUUCCGGAGUGCCACAGGAGAAGCAUGGCAUGAAAUCAUGUUGUCUUGUCUCAGUGGGAAGCCCUGCGACUCCAUGUCAGGCAUUAAGGAGAAAGACUGUGGCAGUGAAUUCGCUUAUUUCUACUUUGUGUCAUUCAUCUUCCUUUGCUCAUUUCUGAUGUUAAACCUGUUUGUUGCUGUUAUUAUGGAUAACUUUGAAUAUCUCACACGUGAUUCAUCUAUUUUGGGUCCUCAUCAUCUGGAUGAAUAUGUGCGAGUGUGGGCAGAGUAUGACCCAGCUGCCUGGGGUCGCAUGAAAUACACAGACUUGUAUCAGAUGCUCAGACUAAUCUCGCCUCCCUUGGGUCUGGGGAAGAAAUGCCCUGCUCGAGUUGCCUAUAAGAGGCUCCUUCGAAUGGACCUUCCUGUGGCUGAUGAUAAUUCUGUACAUUUCAACUCCACUCUCAUGGCUCUUAUACGAACUGCACUGGAUAUCAAAAUUGCCAAAGGUGGUGCUGACAAGCAGCAGAUGGACAAUGAGCUCAGAAAAGAAAUGAUGGCCAUUUGGCCCAAUUUGUCCCAGAAAACACUCGAUUUGCUGGUGACACCACAUAAAUCUACUGACCUAACCGUUGGGAAGAUUUACGCUGCCAUGAUGAUUAUGGAGUAUUACAGACAAAGCAAAGCAAAACGGCUACAGGCAUUGCAGGAGGAACAGAACCGAACUCCACUCAUGUUUCAAAGGAUGGAACCUCCAUCACCCACACAAGAUGGACCAAUGGGACUAAACCCUCUAAUGUCUUCUCAGAGGGAGCCAGGAGGAGACAUGAAUAUCCCUGAGGGUGGAAUGAAGGAGAGUCAGUCUUGGAUGACACAAAGAGCACAGCAGAUGUUCCAAAAGACAGGAACAUGGAGUCCAGAAAGGGCCAGAGAACAAGAAAAUACCAACAGCUGGCCAGAUUCCCAGCUGGUGGAGAUGACAGAGAUGGGUCGAGAUGGUUACUCAGACAGUGAGCAAUAUCUUGUGAUAGAAGGGCAUGGCAGAGCUGCUUCAAUGCCACGACUACCUGCUGACAACCAGGCUGGUGGUUACCAUAGCUGUGUAUCGAUUUUGCAGACCAUUGUGGAUGGAAGUCCCAUGAAACGUUCAGCCUCUAUGCUUGGUCAUUCUCGGUCUAAAGGCAUCCGGCUAAAUGAAUACUCAUUGGAGAGGGUCACACCUGAUGAAGGCCCUCGCCAUGGGCACCAGCGCAGAAGAGAAAGGCGGCAUCAAGUGUCUGAAAGAUCCCUAACACGCUAUGUGGAUCUAGAAUCAGGUCUUGGUACCGAGCUCAGUACCACCACACAAUCAUGUGAUCUGCCUUCAGAAGAACGUGGACGUACCCGGGACCGAAAGCAUCACCACCAUCACCACCAUCAUCACCACCACCACCAUCACCAUCCUGGAUCUGAAAGGGAGCGCCUGGAGUACGGGAGAGCUAGUUCUCGUUCUCCAAGUGCAGGUCGAGAUUACACUCCUCACAGACAGGUGGGUCCAAUAUUUCAUGCUGUGCAAAAUAUGGGGUAG